UCCGGAACGGGUGCUGAGAGCGGUGGUGCUUGCUUGGGUGCUGGGGGCCUGGGGUGCCAGAUGCCCCCUCGGUGGGGGCUUCCAUCGAUGACGUCACGCAGCUAGGAGGAUGCACGACCUGACGGAGAAGACGCGCAUGGUGACCAGCCACCUGAACUUCCUGUGGAAAGCGGCGGGGAGCUUGGCGACCGCGUGCCCCGAGCAGGCGCGGUACCUGCGGUGCAUCUACAAGGAGCGGGCCACAUGGGCAGCUGCUCAUAAAGUCACCGUCGACCGGCGGCGGCACCUGACGGGCUUCUGCGCGCUGUGCGGCGCCGAGCUGGGCGCCGGCUCGUGCCGCGUGCGCGUGCAUCCACGCGCGCGCCCCCCCGCGUCUCCGCGCGUCUCCGCGCUACUGCGCGAUGCGGCGGUGCGGGAAGACCGCAAAGAGCAUCUGGAGCGGGGCGCCGCGCGGCGCCUGCGUCGCCACCGCAACGCCGCCGGCACCAUCUCCAUAGCGUGCUUCACCUGCAAGAGGACGUCCCGGGUCCGUGGCGGCUCGCGAGCCGAGAUCGCCGCGACCCUGAGCCACCGGCGUCACGGCCGCCGCCGCCGCCACGACGCCGGCGCGACGGAGGGUGGCGCCGCCGUCGACGGCGGCACAGCCCGGCGCCGCAGGCGACGCGCAACGCCGGCGUCCGGCGAGUCGACACCAUCCGGCAAAACGACGCCGGCGGCGUCCGGCAGAACGACGCCGGCGGCGUCACGGACACCGGGCAACUGGACGCCGACCACGCCGAGGGGCAGGGCAACACCGCGCGCCAGCCCGGCAGCCACCACGCCCAGCAGGUCAACGCAGUCUCCCGCUGCCAGUACGCCCGGCAGCGCCAAGCGGAAACCCUUCGCUCAGCUCAAGCAGCUGCUGCAGAUGGAGCAGCAGAGGCAGCAGCAGAAGGGCAGCCUCAAAGACUUCCUGUCCUCCAUAUAAGCCAACCCACCUUGCUCGGUCUGUUCCUCCUACAACGCGCGUGUUGUUUUCAUAACACGAAUUGGCUAUAAUGCGAUGAAUGUGUUUGGGAAUGCGUUUUUUUUCUAACGCGGAUACGAAUUGGAAAUAUAACACGAUUGAGUGAACUGAGCGACGUCGCGCGAGGAGGAAUAAGUGGUUGUACGGCUGCCUCGGCGUAGCAUCACACAAUGGAUGCUGCUGGAUGCUUCUAGAUGCUACCCACGCGCCUCAGUCUUGGCCCAGCCUGCGUACGCAUCUCACGUGUUAUCGCGGACUGUGCUUUACCUUAUAUUAUUUAUUAUCACACGGUUUUUCCAUACCGCGGAGUUCUUCAGGAACGCGACAACUACCGAGGCGUUAUAGGAGAACAGACCGUACUGUUGGGGAUAGCCACGCUUUGAAAAAUGUUAUCGUGCGACGCGGUUUUCUCGGCAGGAGUUUUUGUUUCCGCAAUUGGGCUUCACCCUUUUGAAGUUUGGGUCGAGGCAAAGACGUGAGAAGGCCAAGUCAACUCGGCCCACCAUUCCAUUUGGGGUUGAUAAAAUGAGUACCAUAUUCUUGGUUCUUUCGGUAAGUCACGUAGAAGGGAAAUAAUAAAAUAAUACAAAUAUAAAACAAUAAAAAUUCUCACGACGUUUCGACUGCAACACAAGCAAUCAUCAUCAGGUGUGAAAUCCACAGCAAGAAAAAUU